CGUCUGGACUUGGCUUUAAACGUCAGUGUGACAAAACUUUUAUAGUUUAGACGUUUCGCUGAAAAACUGCCUUGACGAUUCCAAAUUUGCGCCUUGACAUCAUUCGCUUCUCGCGUCAUCGUUACUCUCGUAAGGGUGUGGCGUAGGCAAAUUGCAAAAUCUGUAACACAACCAUAGAGUUCCACGUUCAUUUUCAUAAAAGGCCAUGUUACAUUCGCCGAGAUCGGAUUGGCUAUCUUGAUUUAAAAUCUGACAAGAAUAUGGAUGUAACAAUUGUACCACAAUCAUACGCGUAUAAUCCUUCGGAUAUUAUCUGUCUUCAUUAAUUAGUUAAUACAUUGUUAACAGAACUUUGUUAAGUGCAAGUGAAUAAAAAAAAAGUAGAAAUAUUUCUUAAUGUUUAAACAUAUAAUCGUGUUCUUCUAUUAAAAUAUGCCAGGGGUUACAGAAAUGUCAUUGGAUCAUAUGUUUUGCUCUCGCUGCAGAGAAGGUUUUGUAGCACAUGAAAAGAUUGUGAACUCAAAUGGCGAAUUGUGGCAUCCACAAUGUUUCGUAUGCGCACAGUGCUUUCGGCCAUUUCCAGAUGGAAUCUUUUAUGAGUUUGAAGGAUACAAAUACUGUGAACAUGACUUUCAUGUUCUAUUUGCCCCAUGCUGUGGCAAAUGUGGUGAGUUUGUUAUUGGCCGUGUGAUUAAAGCGAUGAAUUCAAACUGGCAUCCACAAUGUUUCCGCUGUGAAGAGUGUAAUGGUGAAUUGGCGGAUGCAGGCUUUAUCAAAUGUCAAGGCAGAGCGUUAUGUCAUACAUGCAAUGCUAGAGUGAAAGCCGGCGUGCUCGGGAAACACAUAUGCCAUCAAUGCCAUGGAGUGAUUGAUGAUAAACCUUUACGUUUCCGUGGCGAAUUAUAUCAUCCAUAUCACUUUAAUUGUACAACUUGUGGUAUAGAACUUAAUUCUGAAGCCAGAGAAGUUCGUUCUCGACCUGGAUAUGCUGCCAAUGAAAUGAACGAAUUGUAUUGCUUAAGAUGUCAUGAUAAAAUGGGAAUUCCAAUUUGCGGCGCCUGUCGGCGUCCCAUUGAAGAGCGCGUAGUAACUGCACUUGGUAAACAUUGGCACGUAGAACAUUUCGUAUGUGCAAAAUGCGAGAAACCCUUCCUAGGUCAUCGUCAUUAUGAAAAGAAGGGUCUCGCAUACUGCGAGACUCAUUAUCAUCAAUUAUUUGGGAAUCUUUGCUUUGUCUGCAAUCAAGUUAUUUCUGGAGAUGUUUUUACAGCAUUGAACAAAGCAUGGUGUGUCCAUCAUUUUGCGUGUGCAUUCUGCGAUCAGAAGAUGAAUCAGAAGACAAAGUUCUUCGAAUUCGAUUUAAAACCCGCAUGCAAAAAGUGCUAUGACAAAUUUCCGCAAGAAUUGAAGAAGCGAAUGCGACGUAUGUAUGAUCUGAAUCCUAAAAGAAUUCCACCAGUUUAAAUGGUCCAAUUUCUCUGAAUCUACAAGUAUCGAUCAAAUAGUAGAAAUGGUGUCCGACUUCUCUGAAUGUUUAAGGAUCAAUCAAAUAUUCUUUGUUUACAGUGCCUUAAAACAUACUGCCUAAUAUAUUAACAUAAAAAAAUAUAUUAAAUCUUUUAUAUUGCAUUGUAAGAGCUAUAUGAAAUGUAUCAAAGCUAUUCUAUUAUUCUACUACAAAUAUUUGAACAUAGGAUUGCUGUAAUUUUUAAUGCAAUUUAUACAAUUGAGAAGCUAUUGUUCUAAUAUUCUUUUCUAAUUUGAUAUCUAUAAAAAAA